AUGACGCUAGCUGGAAGCGGAAGCUCGAUCGGCUAUCUUGAGAGCUCCAAGCCCAAGCGGGUGUCCUCGGCCCUAGCCGCCACCAGAGCGCUGCUUUCCGAGCGGCUGUCGCCAGGCAAGAGCGAGGCGUCGCCAGGAAUCGAGCCGGCCCGCCCAACAACCGCCUCGCAGGCCCUCACAGCAGGGGCGAGGUCGUCUGGCGCUGCUGCUGGGCGGCCGGCAUCGGUCAUGUCACACCACCGGAAGCAGUGGUCUCCAGCACGAGCCCGCCGUUCGGACGGCGACGUGCCACUGCGGAGCGUGGCCCCGGCUGGCGAAAGUCCUGGCGAUGGGAGCAGCGCCAAGGCCGACGACCCGACCUUUGUCUUUCGCAACGAGCGCGGCGAGACCGUGUCGAGCGGCACGCCGGCGAUCCAAGCGUGGCUCCGCGACAAUCCGGACCCACCAGAGCCGCGAUGGUAUGUAGUUGAUGCGCCGCCACCGCGGCCAGCCACAGUCUCAGGCUUUCGCCGGCCGGCGACGGCCAAGGGCGCAGUCGGCCGGAGCGCAGCAACCAAGUCGAUUCCGAUCUCAACCACGUACGAGUUUGCGCGGACCGCUCCGGUGGUGCGCCCGUCGACGGCCUCGCCGAGCUCUCGAGGUACAGCAGGUGGAGCCGGCGGCAGCUCGGGCGACUUUCGCUCCGACGCCAUCGAGCUCGAGGUUGCGCUCCUCGACGCGCUGAGGAACUCGGGCGCCGAGAGCGAGGGCUCGUGCCGGAUCCGGCGGACCGUGUACUCGCAGCUGUUCGAGGUCAUCAUCGAGCGAGUCCCGACGUACGCCCACCUGCUCAAGCUCAUCAAGUCCGAGUAUGACUCGGGCGAUGUGCUGGACCAGAACCGCGAGGCCGAGAUGCGCGAAGAGAAGGAGCUUGCCCAGCAAAUCGCCGACGAUGCCCGGACCGAGCUGUGCGAGCUCACCAACGCCAACGCCCAACUCCGCGAGGAGAUGUCGCUGCUUCGCGAGACAGAGGCUGCGCUUCUCUCCGAAAUGGAUGCCAAAGACGCCGAGAUUCAGCACCUCAACGAUCGGCUGCUCCAGCUCAACCCGCUCUGGCUCAAGCAACAGUCGUUCUACACCAAACUCCGCGAGAUGGAGACCGACCUGGAGUCAACCCUCGCCUCGGCGCUUGUCUCGGAGCCUGCUGCCGACGAGAAGCCCGAGUUGACCGCCGAAGAGCUUGAUGCUGCCGACAUCGAGACUCUGGUGGCGCUCUCGACCCAGCCGGUGCCGGACCACGUGGUGGCCCGCCUCCACACCCUUGAGGACCGCGUUUUCCAGCUCCAGACCGAGGUCGACCUUGCUCGCAAGCGCGAACGCGAGGUUUACGCUGAUCUCCUCCGCCACAAGCAACUCGCCGCCGGCCUGGACACCGAUGGCGUCUUUGGCGGCGGUGGCGAGGCUGCGUCUAGCGAUGGCGAGGCCAGCGGUGCUAGCGCAGACGUCGGCCUUGAUGACCACGACCUGGCGUCGUCAGCCUCGACUUCAUCGAGUUGA